UCAAAAAAAAAAAAAAAGGAAAAACCAAAAUCAUUAAUCUUCUGUGGUAAACAAACACUGAUCUCCAUAGCUCUUAACAAGAAUACCCCAACAAAUGAUUGGACAUUUAAUCGACAAAUAAUCAAAGGCUACCUCCUUUGAAGCAUGAACCUGGCCCACACCACGGUGCUCCUGUGGGUGUGGGGGAGUCUCCAGGCCUUUGAAAUCGUGGAGAAGGAGGACAUCUUUCAGAGGACCCCCUGCCCCGCUUUUCUGAUAUUUGACAACGCAGCCUACCUGGCAGACAUGAGCUUUGAGCUUCCCUGCCGCUGCAAGCCUGAGGAGGUGUCUGCUGUAGUCUGGUACUAUCAAAAGCACCUAGGGAGCAGCCACACCAAAGUGCUGACAGACUUCGACGGGCGGGUGCUGACAGAGGAAACCCAGGCGCGUGCGGGCAGUGACAUGCUGGUCCGCUUCAGCAUCCGCAUGUUCAGCCUGUUGGUUUUCCGGGCCCAGCCCGAGGACUCGGGCUUGUAUUUUUGUGGCACCCGCAAGGGGGACUACUUCUAUGCCUAUGAUGUGGACAUCCAGAGCGGUGAGGGAAUGGUGGCCACCUUCAAGGACCUGGGCCAGGAGCCCUUUGCAGACGAGCACCGUGGGAGCCUCCACAUCUUCACCGCCUUCUGGGAGUGGACCCCCUGCGACCGCUGUGGGGUCCGUGGGGAGCAGUGGCGCAUUGGCCUCUGCUACUUGAGGAGCCCAGAUCUCUCCCCACGCUACCAGAAGACGCUGCCCGAUGUGGUGUCCUGUGGUUCGCAGGCCGUGCCCUGGAAGCUUCGGGCCACGGCCAGGGAGCACAAGCCCGAGCUACUGGUUCAGAGCUGCGUGGUGCCCUGUGAGAAGAAGACGACCCAGCAGGGUGUGAUGGCCAUCUUCAGUUACGUGUCCAAAGUGGGCAGCCGGCCCUGGGUGCCUCAGGUGCCCAUUCAGUUCCACCAGCAGAGGCUGGGCCACGGACUCAUCAUCUCCUGUCCCGGGGCCCGGCCGGAGCACGCCGUGGCCUGGGACAAGGACCGCCAGUACCUCUACCGAACGCAGUACCUGAAGGGCGUCAACAGGUCCAUGAGGGUGUUCAUCGACCACGGCAACCAUCUCCACAUCCGCUUCACCCAGCUAAGUGACCGGGGCGUCUACUAUUGCUGGCGGCAGGGGGUGCAGGUCGCUGGGUUCCGACUGGGUGUCACGUCUCAAGGCCGCUACCGGCCCUCAUUCUCAGACCCUGAGACUCGCUCCGCCGUGGAACUGACCCUGAUAGGCUACCUGUUCAUCACGGCAGUCUUUGUGGCCAUUCACCUCUGUCGUUGCUGCUGUUACUUAUUUCGCUGUUGUCCCAACUUCUCCCCCUAGGCCCCCCUCUUCCCCAGCUCUGAAGACCAGUUGUGCUCAGAUGUGUCUGUUAAAUGAUACCGGAUGCCUCUGGGUGGGCAUCCUGGGCUGGGACAUGUGGCAAGGGGUGGGGGGUGUGGAUAAAUCUGUUAGUUACAACCUGCUCCUUGGCAAGUGGGGAAGCCUGAGGCAGGUAGGAGACAGGGGACUGAGGCCGGUACAGAAGUGGCCAGAGUGCACGUCUUCUGACAUCAUGCUCAGAGAAGGAAGAAGCGAACGUAAUAUUUAUCAAACAGCCUUUUUGAUGUUGGCAUCGUGUUUGAGGUGCUUUAUUUUCUUGCCUUCGAGGAUUGCCCAGUGGGUACUGGUUGAAUUGGGGGCAGCAGGGAGAGGAAAAGGGAGCCUAGUACCUGUCCUCUUUCCCUUCCUCCUCAACCUUGACCCCAGACUGGCAGGUAGAAAUGUCAGGUUUAGGAAUAAAGGUAAAAACUAGAAUGGGGAAAAAUGCAGGAGGAAAGUGGAGGUCAAAGUUAGGGCUUUCCCAGGACUGGGGACUGGGUGAGAAGAGGGGUAGAGGGAUGGAGGGGGGAGGGGGGAAGGGCACCAG